AGCAGGCCCCCCUACGACAACGUAAACUAUUCCACUACUGAACUGCCAACAUGUCAGCUGAAGUUGAAAACGUCGAAAAGUUGCUUGACAAAUACUUGCCACCAGCAGAGUUGUCAGAAGUAAAACGACUUCUAUAUGGAAAACAAUUAAGGAGUGUUGACAUCCCGGCAGCUGCUGCAUCCCUAGCGGAGGAGAAGGACUUUGAGUUACAGGGAUAUGCGUUUGAUGCAGCCCAGGAGAGUACCAGAGCUCCACGGAUCGUCAGGGUUGGAGCUGUUCAAAACAAGAUAGUUUUACCAACCAUAGCACCGGUGCCAGAGCAGAGAGAUGCCCUCAUAAAGAGGAUCUGUGACAUAGCUGAGGCUGCUGCCCUGUGUGGAGUAAACAUCCUGUGUUUUCAGGAGGCUUGGAAUAUGCCAUUUGCCUUCUGCACCAGAGAGAAAUCUCCAUGGUGUGAGUUUGCUGAGUCAGCAGAAGAUGGACCUACAGUGAAAGCCAUGCAAGAUCUGUGCAAGAAGUACAACAUGGUUGUUGUGUGCUCUAUUCUGGAGCGGGACGAGGCGCAUGGGGAUAUUCUGGCCAACACCGCAGUAGUCAUCUCCAACACCGGUGCUGUGAUUGGCAAAAGCCGCAAGAAUCAUAUUCCAAGGAUAGGGGAUUUUAAUGAGUCAACCUACUACAUGGAGGGCAACACGGGACACAAAGUGUUCCAUACUCAGUAUGGUAAGAUUGCUGUGAACAUAUGCUACGGACGUCACCAUCCGCUGAACUGGUUAAUGUAUGGUGUCAAUGGAGCUGAAAUUGUCUUCAAUCCAUCUGCAACUGUCUCAGGACUCAGUGAAACAAUGUGGCCGAUUGAAGCUCGGUGUGCAGCUAUUGCAAACACAUACUACAGUGUGGCCAUCAACAGAGUAGGCACGGAACACUUCCCCAAUGAGUUUACGUCUGGAUCGGGCCAACCAGCUCAUAAAGACUUUGGCCACUUCUACGGCUCGAGCUAUGUCGCUGGUCCAGAUGGAAGCCGCACCCCGUCACUGUCUCGUACACGUGAUGGGUUGCUGGUGACUGAGAUGGACCUCAACUUGUGUCGCCAGGUGAACGACAGGUGGAGUUUCAGGAUGACCCAGAGGUUAGAUAUGUAUCAACAGGAGCUGACAGAGGCAGUCAAAGAUGAUUAUGUCCCCAAAGUCAUCAAGGAAGCCUAGAUUACCCUUGUUCGAGACUGCAGGCUGGGUGCUGGAUUGAUAAACAGAUGCAAAUUAAUUUAAUUCUUACAUUGUCAGCAGUACAUAAUUAAUACAACAUGAGUGUUACUGUCAUUCUUGACAUAGAUCUGACACUGGAGGUUAAAUCUGCAAGAGAUGUUCCAAGAUUUGACAGAUAAGUUCCACGUUAGCUUCACAUGUAAUGAAGGAAUGUAAUAUUUGCCUUCUCAUGUAGUCUUAUUUUCUCACUUUUCUGUAUACAUGUGUACAAUUUAUCAUGUUUUUUCUCAAAUAUUGAUCUGCAAAUCUAAGUGAUAGUCAUGUAAGUACUCCUGACUAACCACCAGAAGAUUGUACUGUAUGCUGUGUUGUGAGCUGUAUUGCAUGGGCAGAAGGGACAGGGGUGGGCUGGAUAGCAGGUCAGAAUCUGUCUGUCUGAGGUGAAAUGGGGUUUGGUGUCAAGAUUAUUGCACUUAUAUAGUGAUAUGUGUGUGUGUGUGUGUGUGUGUGUGUGUGUGUGUGUGUGUGUGUGUGUGUGUGUGUGUGUGUGUGUGUGUGUGUG